UGGUUCAGUAAUUGCUAAUCAUUUCACUUUAACCACCAGCCCGAAAGUUGAACGCCGGGGAAGCUCUUCUUGCAGAUUCCUGGUUUCCCUUUCUUAGCAAUGUCCAGUCAUCACCGUGUCGCCAGGCUACACUGAAGCUAAAGCAAUGAUUUUAUAGUACUCAUCGAGACCAAAAAUGUGGAUUGCCCAAGCAAGACCUCUUCUGCAACUACAAACCAUUAGAGGAAGAUGUUCGAAGUCGCGGUGCUACUUUUUCUCUUUUCUUUCUUACUCGGACGAUCCUCACAAGAAGACCCCUUUACAGGAGACUAGAAUGAGGGACAGGUUUAAUCUCUAUGCCAAAGGAGGUGAUGGUGGUAAUGGCUCCACCAGUUUUCGCCGUAGCCGCCAUGAUCGUCGUGGGAAACCUGAUGGCGGGAAUGGUGGAAGAGGUGGUGAUGUGAUUCUAGAAUGUUCAACUGCAGUUUGGGACUUCAGUGGCCUGCAAAAUCAUGUUAAUGCUGGUAGAGGUGGACAUGGAACCUCGAAGAACAAGAUAGGAACUCGUGGAGAAGACAGGGUUCUCCAAGUGCCUAUCGGUACUGUAAUUCAUCUGAAAAAGGGUGAAAUACCUUCCAUGGUUGAACAUCAUUCUUCAACUGAUUUGGAUCCUUGGGAACUCCCUGGUUCACUUACUACCGACGAAUCUGAAGUUGAUCUGCAAUCUUCCUUGAACUCAAAUAUGGCUGAGAAAGUCAAAACAGUGCAUGCUGCUGGCCAGUUAUCUAAUCUUGCUGAAAUAACUGCCGAGCAAUAUUCAUUAAAAAAUGAAAUAACAACAGACCAAUCAAAAGGAAUGAAGCAAGAAAAUGGGCUUCAAUCAGAAACUCUGGAAGAUAUUAGGUAUAAUGUGGCAGAGUUAACAGAGGAAGGCCAGCGAAUGAUUGUUGCAUAUGGAGGGGAAGGUGGUUUAGGUAAUGUCUGUUACCAGAGGGAUAAUGCGCUUGAGGAUGAAACAUCAAAUAACAGUCGUUCCUCUCUUCGUUGUGGUUUGCCUGGUUCUGAAGCUGUUCUUGUGCUUGAACUUAAGAGCAUUGCUGAUGUAGGUCUAGUAGGGAUGCCCAAUGCUGGUAAAAGUACACUUCUAGGAGCAAUAUCUCGGGCUAAGCCUGCAAUAGGUCACUAUGCGUUCACGACUCUGAGGCCGAAUUUAGGCAAUUUGAACUUCGACGACUUGUCAAUUACUGUGGCUGAUAUUCCAGGAUUAAUAAAGGGUGCUCACCAGAAUCGUGGACUUGGACAUGCUUUCCUCCGCCACAUAGAACGUACUAAGGUUUUGGCUUAUGUUGUAGACUUGGCCGCUGCAUUAGAUGGUAGGAAAGGAAUUCCACCAUGGGAACAGCUGAAAGAUUUAGUGUUGGAGCUCGAGCACCACCAGGAAGGUCUCUCGAAUAGACCCUCGUUGGUAGUGGCAAAUAAAAUUGAUGAGGCCGGGGCUGAAGAAGUGUUUCGAGAGCUGGAAAAACGGGUUCGAGCCGUUCCUAUAUAUCCUGUGUGUGCAGUCCUGGAGGAAGGAAUAUCAGAGCUGAAAGCUGGUCUUAAAAUGCUUGUCAAUGAUGAUGAAAUAUCAAACUCACUCAGUAUAGAAAACAUUAGUGUUGAUUAGGUAAUCCUGCCGUGAGAGGUCUCACAGUAAGGGAUAUAUGUCGGAUCACUCAAACAUGUUUGCCUCUCGAGAAAUGAUUUUUUCCCUGGAAAUUGGACAUUUUAUUGCAGAAAAUAUUUGGCUUAA